UCCCCCUCACCUCAUCCCCGUGAGGCCGAAGUGAGCUGCCAAAAACGACGUCGCACGCGGGAGCACCAGCCGCCCCACAGCCCGCAGCACUAUCUCGCGACGUCGCCACCAGCUACAGGGCACGGGGACGGGACGGGCACCAGUACCAGCACCGCCCGCCCAUAGCCCCGGCCUCAACAAGGUCGUCAGAACCCAAGAAAACCCCUAGUCAGAUCCCCAUCAGAAGAGGGGGGGCAUCGCGGCAGAGCUGUACGUAUCACGCAGGCAACGCGCUCCAUCCGUGGUGGCCAUGGUCUCGUCGCCUUCGCCUCCCCCUCCCUUCCCCACCGUUGCCUCCGAGCCGAAGCAGCAGCGGGGCGGCACGAAGGCGGCGCCGGAGAAGGCGGAGAAGAAGUUCGCCCACGUCCCGACGCCGCUCCACCACGGCCACGGCGGCGGCGCCAGCAAGAAAACGCCCCGCGGGGCCAAGGGCGGCGACGGCGGCGCCGACGCAGCGGCUUACGUCGCGGCGGUGUCCUGCUCCGACUGCCGCUUCAAGCAGCGCGCCCUCGCGCCGGCGUCGCCCGGCGCGGUCAUCCGCUCGCUGUUCGUCUCCCUCACGCGCCGCUCCACCCCGCGCUCGUCGCCGUCGGCGACGUCGGCCUCGGGAGGGGCCGGCGACGCGGGGGACGGCGAGCAGUGGCGCCUUGCCGCGGCCGACCUCUCCCGGAGGCUCGCCGCGGCCACGCGCACGCGGGACGAGGCGCUGGAGGAGACCACGCGCCUGAAGCACUCGCUCGCCGAGCUGGAGCACAAGCUCGCGCGCCUCGAGGCCCGCGUGGUCCCGGCGGUGCCCACGGUCGCCGCCGCCUUCCCCGUCGACUCCUUCCUCCGCGCCGUCUCCACCGCGCGCGCCGCCGUGCGAAACCUCGCCCGCGCGCUGUCCACGCACCUCCGCAGCCCCGCGAGCCCCGGCCCGAGCCUUGAGAGCUUCCUCAACCGCGCGUUCCACGCCGACUUCGAGCUGGACACCGACGCCGACGUCCACACCCCGGAUCCCGCGGGCCGGUGCGAGGCCAACCUCGCCGCGUACCACGCCGUCGCCGUGCUGACGUGGGAGGAGGUCCUGCUGCACGGCACCAAGCACUACAGCGAGGGGCUCAGCCGGUUCUGUGACGCCAAGAUGAGCGAGGUGGUGUCCAACCUCGGCUGGGCCCGCGCACGGGCGUGGCCGGAGCCGCUGCUGCAGGCGUUCUUCCUGGCCGCCAAGGGCGUGUGGGGCGUCCGCCUCCUGGCCCGGUCCGUCCACCCGCCGCUGCCCGUGGUGCGCGCGGACCGAGGGGCGCGCUUCGACCCGCGGUUCAUGGAGGACGCCGCCGCCGGGCGGGCGGGGAGGCUGGAGCCGGCCAGCGUGAAGAUGAUGGUGGCGCCGGGGUUCCACGUGUACCUGGCCGGCGCGGGCGUGGUGAAGUGCAGGGUCGUGUGCUUCUACAGCAGCGGCAGCAACGGCCGCACCGGCGGCCACAGAGAUGGCGGGAGCAGCACCAACGGCAGCGUGGGGUUGGGGAGUAGCUGUAGUGACAUGAAUGGGAGUGCUACAGAUGUGGUGGAUAGCUGUAAGAGCAGUAGGGUAGGGUAGUUGCAUAGGUAAAGAGAACACGGGGAUUUUACUUUGUUUGGUAAAAGCACGAUAUGCAUUUUACCGAUGUUCUGUUUGUGUGAAUAUGGGUGAAUUGAUCAUGAACAGUUCCUUUUAGCGUUGCCUCUGUAACUUUGAUUCCUCGCUUGCUGCUUUUUGAAGAGCAAGAGGGCGCCAUGAGUCCAUGAGGCGACUAAUAACCUAGGAGACUGGAAACCCUCCCA